AACGACUCUUUUCCCUUGUCGCUCGCGUGGCCGUGUCCACCCUGCUAUCGAUCUCUCAACCUCCAACCCCCAGCGGAAUAAUCAAUACUUUUCCACUCCUUAUUCUACGACACAUAAAUGCAACCACUACCCUCCAAUCGCUCAUCGUAAACAAAUUAUCGCUGCUCGUUCAUAAUUGAAAGUAUCGAGGAUUGAGUAGGAUGUAAAAGUAGUGCCUGGUGGAUAUGGAGACGAGCAAGAGAGAUGUGAGUGCUACUAAGGGCACCAGAGGGCCCUUCGUGCCUUUCUACGAACCUCCGCAGCAAAGAAAAACCAGCGCUGAAAUUAUCAACGAGGCCAGGCUAGCUAUCAGGGAAUCUCAAAUGGGUGAAAACAGCUUUGCUCCGACGAGCAUCAAACCUAUUCAGACCCAACGACCUUUCACACCAAGGGACAAGGAACGGCUUUUGUUCGGCGAAAAGACCAAAACCAAUAGACCACCUAGUUCUUUCAGUCUCCGAUACCUGCAAAAUGAAACCGACCUGCCUCAGACCCCUCCAGACAACAGCCUGCUAGCCUGCUCUACAAUGGUUACCUCAAAGUCCCUGAUUCCUUCUGCGAAGGGCAGAAGCAAAUCGUUAAAACACCAAAGGUCCAACUCAUUGACUGAAAUCAACGAUACCAUCUUCAACAUCGCAGUCAAAGAUCCGGCUCAACAUAAAAUGAAGUUACCUUCUCUAGGGACAACUUGUAGACCGCUUCAGAAGAGGAAGGUGUUUCUGAAUACCACUUCUUUGGAUAAUCUACCAGAAGAAACAGAACCAGUGGACCAACCAAAACCAGAAUCUCGCAACGCUUUCAGUUCGCCGCAAGAGUCAACGGAAUACACAAAAUCAGAAAACGUCUUUGAUCGGCCGUCUAACAGACAAACACUCUCGCAAUGCUUGUUAUUGGAGCCCCAGAACUUGGAAAAGAUCUUCGACAACAGGCAUAUCGUGGAAAACUCUCAGACGCUUUUCUUAAGAUCAGAUCAGAAACGAGAAAGGAAUUUAGAAGACGUAUUGGAUGACCUGAACAAUGAACAUGGAAAAAGCGGAAAUGACAAGAAGAUUGUUUCUCUACUUGAAGAGCUGUACAAAUUUAUGGAAAAGGACAACCCGAUGAAUAAAAAAGUGCCUUCAAAACUCAAGAUCAAAAUACUCAAGUGCUUAUACAGAUUCGUGGAGUCUCAGAACGAACAUAUUCUGAUAAACAUAGCGAAAGUCAUUUUAUCGCUAAAAGUUACAGGCAAUAAUCUGAGUGGGGUCUGCAAGCUUAUUUUCAAGGUUGCGAAGAAUGAUAAAAAUGACCAGCUAUUCUUCCAGAAAAACCUAUUAGAAUUGUUUUUGGACGCUUUGGGCAGAUCCAGUCCACUGGACGAUGCUGAAGCGUGUGUAUAUGGUUAUGGUGCCGUAAAGUUCCUGACGAUGAAUCCUAAGUUGCAAGAGAAAAUCUUGGGACUAGGAAUACUGCAACUUAUGGUUUUACACGUGAAAAUCAUCAAUGUAGCGAAAUCAGAGAAAAGCACAAUGCCCGAACAGACAACUCAUGUUCUGUUCCAACUUACUGGAGCGUUACGAAAUUUGGUAUCAGAGGAACUUGUUUAUGAUACCUUCAUAUCAUUUGGUACCAUACCUCAACUAUGUCAGACACUGGAGUUGUUUUUCUCGGAUGUGGAUAUCGUCACCAAUAUAUCCAGGACACUAAGCACAAUAUCAACGAAUGAGUGCUGUUGUGACAGUAUAGUGGACUAUAAGAACAUUUAUAAGUUAUUUAUAAGAUUAUUCGAAGAGUACGCAGGAAAUGAAGAAAUUAUUGUUCGUCUGACUUACACGUUAGGAAAUAUAGUGGCAAAGAUUGAUAAUACAAGAGUAAAGUUCUACUACCAAGACAACUCAAUUGAUAGCUUGUUGAAUCUGUGGAAAAUCUAUUUAGAACGAACACUCCACAACUGUUCGCUUAAAGCGGAGAGUGAUAAUGAAUUUAACAGCAACCCCGAAGAUGUCAUGAUUAAGAUAAUUCGAGUUAUCGCAAACAUGGUGAUAAACCCAGAGAUCGGGAAAGCACUGAACGACCAAUACGGAAACAAAAUAAUAGAGGAAAUACUCAAGGUGCUUAUAAGCAACCCGUUCAAGAAAAACGAAGAGUUAGUGCUGUCCAUACUAAGCACACUGAACAAUCUUUCGUAUUACUACACCAGUGAAAUGGAAAUUGACAUUUUCCACAUUAAACAGAUUGACAUAGUUGAAGGUGAGAAAUCUUCACAGAAAUCUAUUUAA